AUGUCCGUCAUCUACAAGGAAAGAGAGCGCGAACGGGACUGGGACUUGGAGUCCACCCGUUCCGGACCCAGAACCUUCACAACGGUCCGACGAUACAAAGUCCCCGAAAGAUCCUUCGAAGAGGAUCGUCGGGAAGAGGAGGUCCGCAUCGUGAGGCGUGAACGCGACACUCGCGACUCGCGCGAAUACGCCGUUGAGCGCGGUCCACCACCACGAGAUGUACGAGAGUACCGCUACGUCGAGCGCGAAGUUGAAAGAGCUCCAUCACCGCCGCGCCGCGAAGUCCGAGAGUUCCGCUACGAACGGGAAGUCGACUUGGAGCCGCAGCCUCAGGAAGAGGUGCGCGAAUAUCGGAUCCGGCGCGAAGUCCUACCGCCGGCUCCUGAGCCCAUCCGCGAAUAUCGCGUCGAACGCGAGAUCGCACUCGAACCGCCAGAGAAUCCCUACCAAUUGGAGAAGUACUCAAAGUCCACAGAGUACUACGCCCGGGCGCCCGAGCCGCCCCAACCACCUCAGCCCAUCAUCAUCCGCCAGGAGGCCCCUCAACCGAUUAUCAUCCAAGAAGCUGCACAGCCGCAGCAAAUCGUAGUGAGACAUGAACAGCCCUCUUAUGAGAUCAUCGAGCGACCCGAGAUCCCCCAAGAGCGUCAGAUCGCCCGCCGCGAACCGCAGCCACGCCAAGAAGAAGACUACUAUUACGAGCGCAGGGUCAGGGAGGCCGACCAGGGCCCGUCAUACUACGAUGAGCGGGAGUACAUGCGCGAUCGCUACAACGAUAGGCAGGCCUACAGUGACGACGACAUGGUGUAUAUCCGAAGGGAACGUACAGAUGGUCGCGAUGAAAGCCCCCAUACCAAGCGACACCUUGCUGAGGGAGCGCUGGCUGGAUUGGGCGCCGCCGCAUUGGUCAGACAUCACAGAAAGAGACAAGGAGAAGAGGCUGGCUCCGCCGCUAAACAGGCUCUCGGCUACGGCGCUCUGGGUGCAGUAGGCGCAGAGGCGCUCUCCCGCUUGAGAAACAGGUCGCGGUCAAGCUCCCGCGAACGCGAAGGUCGACGCAGACAUCGGCAUCGGAAUCGUAGUCGAUCACUAUCAAGGUCGAAAGUACUAGCUGGUGUUGGUACUGUGGCCGCUCUUGGUGCUCUGGCAUAUGCCGCUGGACGUAGGGGCAACCAGAACAAGCCCGACGCUGCGGAGAACGAUCGCCGGAGUAGGUCUAGGCGACGCAGGCAUUCGGUCUCGGGCGCUAGCCCGGACAGCCGCUCCCGAUCGCGCAGCAAGCAUCGAGACCCGGAGCACAGGAAUCGUCGUGUCGCCCAGGCAGGCCUGGCCAGCGCAGCAGUUGCAGGCCUAGUCGAACGAGCCAGAAGCCGAAGCAAAUCCCGUAACCGCCGAGACCAACGCUCGCGCAGCCGAAGCCGCGUUCGUACUGGCGUGCCUAUCGCAGCUGCUGGUCUUGGUGGUGCGGCGCUUGCUGGGCUCUAUGAGAGACAGCAAGCCAAGAGGGAAGAGCGGCGGGAUGAGAGGGAAUCGAGGUCCAGGUCGAGGAGUGUUUCGAGGUCGAGGUCUAGGCCCAGGUCGGUAGCACGCUCAGGCCCACGGCGUACCGCGAGUGACACUGCUCUUGUAGAAUACGGCGGUGAUCCCAUCCACAUCGACCCAGCCGAGAACGACUAUCGACGGCGCCGUCAUCGAAGACGAGGCAGUUCGUCCCGUUCGUCGAGCGGCUCGGGCCAUCGGCGCCGGCGUCGCUCGAGUCGGAGCCGCAGUGAUAGCCGUAGUAAGAGUCGCACUCGGCGAGUUGCCGAGGCGGCCGCGCUUGCUGGUGUCGCAGGUGUGGCUGCCAAUCGGGCAUCUAAGAGACGCAGGAGUAAGGACAGGGGCAGCCGGGAGAGAGGCAGCAGGGAGAGGGGGAGCAGGGAGAGGAACGAUGGGGACAGACAACGGCGAAUGGAAGAGGGCACGUCAGCCAGUGACAACUACGGCACACCUCCACCGCAAGCCGGGUAUCCGAUACCUCCAUAUCAAGGUGGACGAUACUACCCAGAAACGAACGAGUUCCCUCCUCCGCCUACUAUAGCCUCUGAAGAUUACGCGAUGCAUCCGCCAAUGAAUGGCUACCCACCGAAUCCACCGAUGAACGGCUAUCCACCACCUCCAAUGUCCGCCUACGGAGCUGCGCCAUAUGACCCGUCACAAUAUCCACCACCCCCUCAACAGAUUCCUCCGCCAGGCCGACAGUCGUUCGACUUCGGCCCUCCGCCGCAGGAUCCGUACAUGGCUGACGCAAGGUAUCGUCGCGGGGAUGAUAAUGUGAGUGCGCCGUUUACUUCCGAGCGCUCGGCACCUGAUGGCUUAGGAAGGCCCCCGACCGUCUCACCCCUUCCGACCGUCUCACCCCCGAUUCCAUCGCCGCAGCCUGAGAAGACGGUGAAGUUUGCGCUUGAUCCUGGGGCUGGUACUGAGCGGCGCGAGAAACGCGUAGACGGCGCGAUGGAGAAUCCCGAAGAAAUGAGAGACGGCCUGAUCCCCCCGAUUCGGUUUCCUCUGGCGAGACGGUUGAUCUUCCUCCACGAUUUGACGAGAGAGGCAGACAUAUACCCGAGCGAGGGGAAGAUCCUAUCGCAGACAAAGUUGAGGAUUUCCUUAGCAGACUCCUUGGAUAGUGCGCGCAUAAGAGUGGUAACGAAGAGCUGGACGAAGACACGAAAGCAUUUUGGAAAGCAUGUCCUUUGCUGCGGUUUGUCUUUCGUUUUUGAUGAACACAUCGAGUUGGAUGUUACGAAUGGAUCGGGAUUGGAUGGCAGCGGUUAA